UCCAGAAUGUAAACAAACAACAGAGUGAAUUCGCUGCCUGUUGCUCUACCAUCCAAUAGCGAGAAAAUGACAAAGUGACAUUCUUUUACUCUAGGACGCGAAUAUAGUAGAAUAAAAUGGCUUUGAAGAAUGCAGCAAGUGGGUAUGACUCAGCUUUUGAGGAAGAUGAGAAGCUUAGGAAGAAGCAACAAGAACGACAUGCCCUUUUCAGCAAGAACAAAGGACCACGAGGAGGUCUGCCAAGCAAAUUAUUGCUCGCAGAUGCAGCAAGUCAAGAUGAAGGGAAGAGGCUUCGCUACCAGAUGUCCAACCUGACCGCAUAUGAACGACACAAAAUGCUCAUCAACGAAUACAUUCUUUAUCAUCCAGGCAGCACCAGUACUCUAGUGCGAGAUACAUCAAAAGAUAAGAGGGAUAUUGAUGUCAUUCGUGAAAACCACCAGUUUUUGUGGGAUGCCUCAGAUGCACCUGACACGUGGGAGCGGCAGCUGGCAAAAAAGUACUUUGAUAAGCUCUUCAAGGAGUACUGUAUGUGAUAUCACGCUCAAGGAAAU